UUGUGAUCAAAUCACUCAGAGUGAUGGUCCGGUCCGGUGACGUCCCCAAAUCUGUAUCUGCUUCUCCUUUUUAAUUUGCUGACACAGAGUAUUAGUUCCCUUUUAAAAAAAGAAAUACAACACCCAGAAAAAGGCAAAGCAAAGGAAAAAAGGAUCAUUUUCAUGGCUUACAGGAGGAGGCAUCAUGUGUUGGGAAGAUCAGCCACUUUCAAGGAAGAAAUUUACCAGCCUCCCGAAGAUGCAGACACCUCCGCUUCCUCAUCUCUCGCUGCUCAGGCCAUAAGGGCCUCUGCCGCCCAUCGUGAUUCCUCGCUUUCCUCCGCCUAUGCUUACCCCGCUUUCCGAGAAUACUCCAUGGAUGAUGGAAGCUCAAAUGAAGAAGGCAGCUUUUGGGGAGUUCUUGCUAGAAAAGCUAAAGCGAUUCUCGAGGAGGAUUAUCAGCCCCAGCAGUCUGAAUAUAUCACCCAACCAACGCCAGAUAUGUUCAGUUCCUCAAGGAUUGAACAGGCUGAAUUCUCUAAAGCAAUGGACAAUCCUACCCUGCGUAAGGGCCUAGAUGCGCUCACAUCCUCCAUGAACCGCAUUGGUGAUACCAUUGGAAAUGCUUUGGAGGAAGGACGCACAAUUGUUGAGAAUAAGACUGCAGAUUUUAUACAAGAAACACGUAGGCUACAGAUAAGGAGAAAAGGAAUGUAUCCUGAGGAAUCUGGUGUAAAUGGUCCAUGGACGCAAUCACAGUAUCAAACCAGCCGCGAGGAUCAGCUCAAGGCAUCUCGCGACGUGGCAAUGGCGACAGCUGCCAAAGCAAAACUACUACUUCGAGAGCUUAAAACAGUUAAAGCAGACCUUGCCUUUGCAAAACAGCGGUGCUCUCAGCUAGAAGACGAGAACAAAAUCCUUAGAGAGGCUCGUGAAAAGGGAGUGAAUCCUGCAGAUGAUGACAUGAUACGGCUUCAACUGGAGACACUUUUGGCGGAGAAGGCUCGGUUGGCUCAUGAAAAUUCAGUAUAUGCGAGGGAGAAUCGGUUCUUGAGAGAGAUUGUGGAAUAUCACCAACUGACAAUGCAAGACGUAGUGUACUUGGAUGAGGGGAUUGAAGAGGUUACAGAAGUGUAUCCUGUACCUGCAGUAUCCAGGACGUUGUCCGUCUCACCGCCCUCCCCGAUGUCUCCACCAUCACCAUCGCCAUCCUCAGCACCCAAUAUUCGUUUGUCAAGAAGCUCUUCAGUCGCCAAGGAAAUGCUACUCCCUCCCCGAGACGCAGAAGACAUUCCCAAGACUGAUUCCACCACGAAUCCAGAAUCAUGCAGACGCUGAUGCCCCAUCUUUUUCAUUCAUGGUUUUAUUUAUUAUUUAUUUUUAUCAUCAUUAGUUAACUUUUUUUUUUUUGGUUUUUUUGGGUUCUCUGAGGGGUGGUUCGGCUUGCUUUUUGCCUAGUUAAGAAUCAUGAUUCUUAUCAUUUGAUGAAAAGAUUGGUGCAUCCAGGGUCAUCUGUUUCCAUUUCAUUUGGAAGAAGUAGCAGACAGUUGAGACUGGUGUUUUUGUGCGUAAACUUAUUCAGCUUUGCUCUAUACUUGUAAACGAGCAUUGAUGUUUGCUUGCUUUUGUCACCAAUAGAAGCAGCCUUUUCUUUGUCGAAAUGUCGGGUUGCAGGCCAAGAGGGUGUUAGAACCAGUCUUCUUUCAAAUAUCUUUUCUACGUUGAAUUCUAUUCUAAAAUAAGAAUAA